AUGCAGACACCAAUAUUAAUCUUCAAAGAAACAAUUUGCUUGCUUUUGACCCUAACAUUAUGUAAUUGCGCCAACAGCAAUGAUAUCGAUAUUGUUCGAGGAGAAAAUGACAGAUUCACUAAUAUAGCUGAGCCUAAGGACAAAAUACGCGGUUGCGGCAAGACAAAUGCCGUCUGUUUCAACAAAGACUGCACUUAUUGUCAAUGUAUGGUGGAGCAGACAUUUGUACGGACAAGAGGUUGUGUCUCAAACGAGCUGAUGGUCUACGCGGCAUGUAAGUAGUUUAAUUUAAAUCUGUUUUCCACUUCAACCGUAUCGUAACGCACCAGUAUAGCAUUUUCUUUCAUGUCGAAGUCAUAAGUUCCACACUACCGCUCAGGAAACAAAGAAAUACGCUACGUUUCGGUCUAAAGACGUAACAUGCUUCGUUUCAGGGCCUGCCUGUUCCUAUUUACAUUUUCGUUUUUAACUUCGUGUUGGAAACAUGUUUAUACAGUAAUAGGGUGGUAUAGAGGGGGUCAUAUUAGAUUUAGCACACGUGCGGUUCCACAAUUUGUUACGAUUAUAUAUACACAUGUAUUAUUAUUCCGUAAUACAUGAAUACAUGUAUUAUUAUUCCGUAAUACAUGAAUGCAUGGAUUAAUUUAUUGAUCUAUUUAAAGAUAAAUAUAUAAAAACCCUGCAAAUGACUUUCAAACAAGACGUGAUUAGUAAAGAUUAAAUUUAUUUGCCGACGUUUCGUUGUAUAUACAUCACAAAAUUGUCAGAGCAUUUGAUUGAUUUAAAUCUAUGAGGUUUUGAAAUAUAGUAGCAUAAUAGAAAUAUAGUAGUAAAACAUAUUAGCAAAACAUUCGCAGUUUAUAUAUCUACUAUUACUAUAGUAAUAUAAUUAUUAUAUUUUCUUAUUGUGUAUAUAAUUAUUAUAUUUUCUUAUUGUGUAAAUAGAUAUAUUUAUAUACGCAGGGCCCCUAUGGAUACCAGCUUAGUGCUGAAUGGGCCACCCUGCUAAAAUAUCUUAUCUUAUCUUAUCAGUGCGUGUUUUAUCAGACCUAAAGAUACACGCGGCUUCGCCUCGUAUCUUUAUAUCUGAUAAAACACUGCUGCAUGUAUUACAUAACUGCAUGUCUUGUUUGAAUGUCAUUUGCUGGGCUAUAUAUUUAUCUAAAUUGCAUGUGCUUUCCACCUGCUAUGCCAAUCGCUACUGUUCUAUUAAACAAAUUUAUUGAUCAAUUAGUGUUGGUCAUUGAUAUAUGGCGACCUGAUAUUAAAUCAGGCGACAGAUCUUAUUCCUAUACAAUGGUUACUACAGUUUGGUUAUCGUUUGAUCAUAAACUGAUAUAUAAACUUAAACAGUUCAUGUGUUAAUUUUUACAAGCGAGUCUGCAUCUCCAUGCAUGGCAUAUAUUUGCGACCAGCGAGCGAGCACCAGCGAGCGAGCUGGGAGCAUCCUAAUCUGUGUCUGUGCGUAGAAAAUUUAAAUAUACCGCUGAGUUCGGAUUAGCCCCGACUCAAGAUUCACCGAUUCACCUCGGCUUGCAUUCCAUAUUUGGAACAUAUUUCCAUAUUUGGAAGACCGCAUGAAACGGUAUUUCCGCCGCUGUUAUGCCGCCCAGUGUUUUAUUUACUCGUCGAUACUGAUGCAAUUUCAUACAUGUACCUUUAACUUUUGUUCAUCAAAUUGUACAUCAAAUGAAGCUUAACUUAGCAUCUACUAACUGUUGUAAAUCUGUUAUUGAAGACAGAUUUAAAUAAUCAAAAAGAUUAAAUGCUGUGCAUGAGGAUGUUGUGAUGUAUACAAAGAAACGUCUGUUGUUUGAAAGUCAUGUGCCGGGCUUUAAUAUUUAUCUUUAAAUUGCGCUUUGUCAAUCGGUAUUGUUAUUGACACGUCAUGCUAUUCAUAGAAGGCGACUUUGCGCCGUAGCGACAAUAUAAUCACAAAUGUAUUACUAUUUGUUAUGUAAUUUGUAGCAAGUGACGUAAUUGGAUACCAAUCAGUCAAGUUAAUAUUUUGAUAAAUUUAUCUAAAUUGGAUAUUCAGUGUAAAUGGGCCGACUUUUACAUAUGUCAAUUAACCAUCUAGCUAGUUUUCAUACUGCACUUCCUAAAUUUCCAUAGUAUAAUCGAACGCAUUUUGCAAAUAGCUCUUCUUUGUAAUAUAUAAUUAUCUUAGUUCUAUUUUUUAAAACUUUUCUUGUUUAUAUAUAUACAUCGCAUAUAACCUGCAUGCAUAUUAUUAUUGUAUAAUCUUUUGUAUUUGUAUAGUUUUCUCAGGGACCUUCUGAAAAACACAACUUGUGAUGUUGGUUUUCCUGAAUAAAUACUAUUAUCAAUCAAUCAAUCAAUCAAUCAAUAUAUCAAUAGACAAUAUGAAAUAAAGUACCUUGUCAUGUGCAUGUUUAUUUGAUGCAAAUCGUUAUAUAAAAAAUAAAAAAAACCCGACCGACCGACCGACUUUUGGCAAAAGUAAAGGAUGAUCACCAACUAUCUGGCCAAAACAGCGUGAGCCGGCGCGUUGUCAUUAGUGACUAAAGUCUCCAGGUCGCACUUUUUAACCUGUGGUUACGCCUAGUAUAAUUAUAUAUGCACUAUGAAAAUCGUACAUAAACUACAUAAAUAGUAAAUUAGAAAAUAUAAUUAGAUCUAGAAGUGAUGAAAAGGUCAUUACGCUCAUCACUCGUUUUUCAAGUAAACUAGUGCUUUCAAAGUUAAGUAGAUUCAUAUAUCUAAACUAACAAAAUAUGCCAUUAUAUGUUUUUCUAUCAAAUAUUUUCCAGCUUAUGAAGCCUCAUUCCUCCUGUACAACAAAAAUCAACGUUGUUUCUAUCAAAACCUAUACAGAAAGGACGCAGUUGUCGAAGGAGGAUAUCUAUGUAGUAAAACAUACGGGAAUUCCCUAUGGAUCUGGACCAACUUUGGACAACUCUUAAACUGGGCGACCUUGCAAUGUAUGACGAAUGACUACCGCACAAAUUAUGUUCUGAUGAAGAAAUGUGAUAGGAAUAAUCAGAAGCAAUUGUGGAAAUGUGUAGGUGACAAGAAAAACAACAUCGUACAGUUACAGUCAGGCAGAUACAUGUACAAUGGAAACAACAAGUAUGUGACAACAAAAGCCGCCACAUCGUCCGACUUAACAAAAUGGACGCGUUAUACUACAAAGAAAGAUGUGUGUUCGCAAGGUGAGAUUCUUUUACGUGUACUUUUAUACUUUUGUUAACUUUGCCACCUUCUAUACAGGAACAAAUAGAUAUUAAAUUUAAGAAUAUGCACAUGCAUAUAUAUAUGAAGAGAAAAUGGAGUUGAGGGUAUAGUCAACAGGACAAGAAUACCAUAUUAUAUACGACCAAGCCAAGAAAGGCAACAAUAGUUAUAACAUAUAUUUAGGGACACAAAUACACACUAACAAGCUAUAUAUUUGAACAAAUAUUAACAUGAAAGGUGGAUGAAAUGAACCGUUAAGAGCAGCAAAGUUAGGUUGUAGGAACGACACUUGGACCAAUAAGUCUUCUAAGUGCACAUAAUUCGAUUGACGUCAAAGGUAUAGAUCCAAGUUUGGAAAGGUUUAGUGAGAAUACAGGUUGUUUCUGAAGGGAGAAAUAGAGGUACAUUCAAUGAUAUGAGCGGGAAGACUGUUGCAAAGCAAAACAAUCCGGUUGAAAAACAAGUCUCUAAAAAGAGAAGUUCUGCAAAGAUUAGGAGCUAGUAAGUAUAAUCUUCGUUUGUUUUCAAAUCAUAAAUAACUGUAAAGGGAAAAGCAACACCAAAAUAAAAAUUAUCCCCACCAAAUCAACCGAUGCACGAGAAAGGUUCAGUCAAUCCAGCCUUGCUCUUCAGAUUCGAAAAAUACACAAGCACGUAAGAAAUGGUUCAAGUAUAACAAGGUUCAUCCUUUGUUAACCAUAUCUUAUCUUUUCAGCUGUAGGGUGUGAGAUAUUUGCAGAUGGUUCGUCGCUCGUCAUAGUUAAUAAAACUAAUUGUAAAGAAGGGUCAGAAUGCUCGAAAGAGAAAACAAUUAACUUGAAGAAAACGAAAUGCUUUCUCUUGUCUAAUAAAACUCAAUAUAUACACAAUGAUACAUGGAAAGCAUUAAAAAUAAUGAAUGGAAGUUUCGAUGUAACGAUGUCAGCAGGGAAAGUAUCUUUAAAGGUAUCUAAAAUGUGCAGGAGUUCCAGUAUAUUGGUGGUAUGGGUUAGGAAGGGCUAGAGUGGGGGUGAGGGUCAGGUUAUCAAUGUGUCUGCAUGACGAUAUACAUCAUACACAUAAAAGUGCACUUGUAUGAUGAUAUACAUCAUAGAUUCAAGGAUGACCGUAUGAUGAUAUACAUCAUACAAAUGAAGAGGAUGUAUUGGAAUCGUCAGCCUUGGUAUUUAUUCAGAUCAAAAAUAGUAUAUGUCUUCACGCUUGUAGCGCAGUUGUUUUGCACAUGCUCCAGGGCACAGCACUGUAGCGUUAUUUCUGGUUGGUUAUUUUUGAUGGUAUAGGUUCCGAUAAAUAGAUUGUCUCACCAAUUUAUGGAUUGUCUUAACCAAUUUGUUUCAACUGAGCACGUAGAGAUCUCCGUAAGUUAUUUUCACCACGCAUAUAUAGCAUAUACAUGUGUAGCAUGUAGCAUAGUGGUAUAUAGUUGGGUUUUAUAAUUAAGCAUUCCGCCAAAGUUACAUUCUUUUUGGUGUUACAGUGGAAUUUGAAGAAGACACCAAAAAGUUGGGGAGGAUUAAUUGUCAAGAUACCGUUUAUGUGUGAGGAUACUACUGCAACAAAGGCUGAACACUGCGUCGUGAUAAAAUACGCAGGAACCUUUACAGGAUUUCGUAAUGAUGACAAAAAUGCAAGUGACGGCGAAGAAGACGCCGAUGGCAAAGAUGACCGUGAAGGUGAUGAUGGGGAUGGUGGUGAUAACGAUGGUGAUGAUGGUGAUAACGGUGGUGAUAAUGAUGGUAAUGGUGAUGAUGGUAAUGGCGGUGAUGAUGGUAAUGGUGGUGAUGAUGAUAAUGGUGGUGAUGAUGGUAAUGGUGGUGGCAUAACCGAAAAAACCGAUGUGGAUACAGAAUUAGUGAGCAAUGGUGGAAAUAAAGACAAUUCUCAAAGUAUAAUUAUAAUUAUACUUGUCUGUGUGAUAGUCGUCCUGCUACUAGCUGGUAUCGUGGGGAUAAUUAUCUACAGACGCAGAAACAGGUAAACUGGUGUAUCACUGCAGUGAUUGUGUCCAUUGUUUCCAGAGUUAGGUAAAGCUAGAAUUAAAAGUAAUUCUUAUCCUAUUGAUAUUAAGGUAGCUCUACACUUCACUCAUAAUUGAGGACACGCUAAACUUACAAAUUGAGCAUUAUUUUGUUAUAAAUAAGUCAAAGUAUAAGCAAAACAAAAACCACGCGAAAAUUCGUGACUAAGCCCACGAUGCAAUGAACUGAAUAUCUAUUUAUAGGCCAGCACCCAGUCAAAAUGGAAAUGCGCAAUAAUGAAGUUUAUUUAGUAUACAAGAUAUAUCUAUCAGUGCCAUAAAUUUGGCAUGUAUUAAAACCUGGUUCUCAUAUGUCGCGAAUUGUCGGUGCACUCAUGUAUCAUUGUUCAUGGUCGUUGAAAGAGAAAAUUAUUUCAGACGAGAAAAUGUGGUUUUACUCCUUGGUGAGCCAAGAUAAUCCGCAGCGGAAGUCUAUCGCCGAUGGUCGAAGUGAGAACCAGAUUUACGUUAAUCGUGUGCGGUUCAAAACAAUUUUUAUAAAAAAAAAAUUGAUAUUUGUUUUAAUUUAAAAACAUUUUUCGUUCUUCAUAGACAUGCUCGGUCGAAGAAAGGCUACAGAGAAAACCAAGGUAUAGCUGUUCGAAAAUAUUUCGAAGACGGUAAUCUAUAAAUCAGAUAACGAAUACUAAGAAAUCAGGAUAUUACGAGAAAAUGCAAAAUGCUUUGAAAUAAAAUGUUCCAAAAAAUGGUGAAAACAUCACAGAGCACUGGCAGUAAAAGUCUAGCCAUCUAUAGGUAGAGAAGAAAAUUUUACAAUGUCAGUUUUAUAACUUGUCGUAAAAAACUCUACACACAAAUUAAAUACAGAAGGUUCAUUUGCAUUACUCCCUAAUACAAGUGUUUCUUCAAAGUAUUUUUGACAUUUUGUCAUUACAAAAAGUGAAGCAUGCAUACUCUUCUCAAGUUCAGCUGAUUUAUCAAAAAAUAAAAUAAAAUAUUUCAAUUGUUAAAUGUUUCAAAGCAAAUUCAGCUUAGUCUUAGGGCUUCAUAUUUUAAAUUAAGUUAUAGAAAUCGAACGUCAAAAAAUUGGGUCAAUAUGACGAAACGAAUUUACUAAAGCUAUAACAGAAAGAUUGUUAAGAAAAUGCUAUCUUGGGAUUUCAACAUUUUUCCAAGUAAACUAGACUAUUUCUUGUCAAUACUAAACUAUAAAUUAUAUUUGAUCGUUAAAUUACAGAUCAAAAUCGACCAUCCACCGUGAAGGGAUUAACAGUGCCUUUGAAUCCACUUCAAACUUCAAACAGCUACUCGACACAAAGGGAAUCUCAACAGUAUGAAGUACCUUGCGAACAUAUUUAUGAGCAAAUCGAUGAAACCGCGACCGCUCCGCCUCAGACCUUCACUUACGACUAUGCUUUUGUUGACGGACCGGUAAACAAUGACCAAAAGGCAAGUGUGGAACCAGAUAAAAUAGGAGAGGAAGAUCAUUUGAUUGAAAAUGAUGUAGGAGACACAUCGUACAUCUCUGUGAUUGAGCCAAGACCGGAGGAUGCACAUGAUGACCAUGUGAUACCCGAUGCGUCGUAUAUAUCGGUCAUCGGCUGAAGAUACUAAUAGUGGAGACAUAUACGCAUACAAGACGGAGCGGGGGGAGUAGAGGGCUGCAGCUCCCCCUGUCAGUAUUUUUAGAGAAGUAUAUAUAUGCUUAUUAAAAAUACCUCAUUAUUAAAAAUACCUCAUAGGUAUGAAUCCAUUUGUCAAAACUGAACCAAUUAAAGCAAACAAGCAAAUCGAUAAUCUCUAUAGCUGGCCAACACUGAACGCAAGCUCAAGUGUUGCCAUAGCAACACGAUAAUCUUUUAUGAUUUUUUGUGCAAAAUGGCAAAAAUGUUCAUUCAACUAAAC